AUGGAGACCAUCCUCGCGCCGUCAAUGGACCUGCAGGGCCUGUGGAAGCAGCCGCCCUCGCCCGCGCUCAACGCGGCGGCCGCCUCGCCCAACGCCAAGAGCAGCCUCGUGCGCCUGCCCAGCCUCUUCGCCAUGACCGCCAGCCCCACGACGACGACCGAGUGGUCGCCGCGCCUCGUGGGCAUGAGCGACGUGCUCAGCGCGCAGGUGUCGCCCCUCAAGGAGAAGGGCCUGAGCCGCCUGCCGUCCAUCGGCGUCAUGAUCAACCGCGGCGACGCCAGCCCCGAGAGCCUCAGCCCCGUGCAGAAGCACUGCAUGGACCUGUACAAGCAGCUGCAGGCCAAGUCCCCGCGCCAGCCCGAGACGGAGCUCAACAGCCUGCUGGCCGACGCGGCCGUGAGCCAGCUGGCCGAGCAGCAGCAGAGCCGCGUGUCCAAGGCCGACCGGGCCAAGCGCGCCAGCAACGCCAAGCUCUGCGGCAUGGCCGAGUGCAACAAGCGCGCCAAGGCCGGCGGCUUCUGCAUCGCCCACGGCGGCGGCCUGCGCUGCUCCGAGGCCGGCUGCACCAAGCACGCCGUGAGUCUCGGGCUGUGCAUCAGCCACGGCGGCGGCAAGCGCUGCACGGUCGAGGGCUGCCUCAACGCCUCGCGCAAGAACGGCGUGUGCUGGAGCCACGGCGGCAAGCGCCUGUGCAAGCUCGAGGGCUGCAACAAGGGCCCCAAGUCGGGCGGCUACUGCUGGAGCCACGGCGGCAAGAUGAAGAAGUAA